ACAUGCGCGGUUACCAAGUGAACCACAGUUGUAUCUAGCGACCAUACUUCCGCCUCUGUGUAAACACAACACCAGCUAACAGGCUAGCUUUUUAUGGUAGGCAUAUAACGGUAUGUGUAUGUAUUAUUUCGCAAAAAAACGAGUGUGAAGAUAUAGUACAGACAGUGUAAUAGGAUAUCGACCGGUGUUUCUGCAGCUUCGGCAAACUAACGAGCGAUUGCUCAAACCUCCCAUUCAAGCAUUCAGUUUGCUCAGUGCGAAGACAAGCAAGUCCUUUGGGUCCAGGCAUCAUGCCUCUCUUUGGUAACACAUUUAGCCCGAAGAAGACACCGCCACGCAAAUCAGCGUCGAUGUCUAACUUACACACUCUGGACAGGUCCACGAGAGAGGUAGAGCUGGGUCUGGAAUAUGGGUCUCCAAUGAUGACUAUUGGAGGCCAGAGUCUGAAGUUUGAAGAUGGCCAAUGGAUAAGUGAAUCUGGUGGAACUGUCUCGGGGAAAGAGAUGCAGAGACUGAAGAAGAGAAACCAGCAACUGGAGGAAGAGAACAAUCUUCUCAGACUAAAAGUCGAUCUCCUUCUUGACAUGUUGUCUGAAACUACAGCUGAAACGCAUCUGAUUCAGAAGGAGCUGGAUGAGAUGAAGAACCACAGUCGGCGGAAAAAGUGAUCGGAGAUAUUUUUAUGUAAAAUGCCUUGUUUUGUUUAUAUAUACAUAUUUUUUAAUCUUGCUCGAAAUGAUGGACUCUUGUAAUAUACUCCCUACGCUUUCAUUCAAGGGACUUUUGUUAUCAACCGUGAAAUGAAAGUAAUUGUAGGGAUAGUUUGCAGGGAUAGUUUGUUGUCUUUUAUAUUUCAGUGCUUUUAUUUUUUACUUGCUGUUAUAUUUACACAAUAUUUUGUAAAAUACCCUGUCAGUGUACAUUUCUCUGUGUAUCACUGGUUAAUAAUAAUUAAAAGAAAUUA